AUGUCAUCUACCGGACAACUGCUCCGGCAGGUCAAGACCGAAAAACUCGUGGCAGGCGUGGCGUUGCUACUGCUCACUGCCUUCUAUUCCCCUGUCUCUCUGUUGACGCUGGCUCCAGUCUAUGGAGCUGCACCAUCCCAUAUCUUCCACGGGUAUGGUGUUGCAGUCGUUGCCGCUGCUGGGUGGUUCUUGAAGGAUCUCGUCAACCAACUCUCAGCCCGGCGCGCGGUCUAUCUGAUCCCUGUUUUCGCUUUCUGGCUUCCCACCAUCCAAUACUUUCUGCUCCAGCAGAGCUCUGCGUUUGGAAACCCCAUCGGCCCUCUGAUUACUGAGAUCUUCACCUUUUACCCAUUAGUGUUUGUCUCCGUGGCAUGUGCUGGGAAGCUAGUACAGGCGGGAUUGAACCUGAGACAGCAUGGGGAUCUUAUGGCAGAGCAUAUCCCCUUGCUUGGGUCUUACGUCGUGUACUCUGCCGCGGAGAGCUUCGCGAAGACGGUCAUCUCAAAAUGUCUUGGCUCGACCUUCUUGUUGACGCGUGCUGGCCUUCAGCUGCUGCUUGCCAUUCUGUAUUCAGCUGCCAUCCCAUCAAAAUGGCUGGUAUUGGCUAUUCCUUCCAUCAUUUUCUCCUUCACCUCUAAUGUUCAUAUGCCGCUGGGCCGCACAACUGCCGCUUUGAACUCCGCCAUCCUUGAUGAGGGGUACCAGCUUCUGGCUAGACAGGACUCUUCAACUGGCUACAUCUCUGUUCUGGAAAACUUGGAGGAUGGCUUCCGGGUCAUGCGGUGUGAUCACAGCCUUCUGGGAGGCCAAUGGACGAAGAUGCCACGGAAUUACCACCCUGAGGUCAAGGAUCCCAUCUAUGCAGUAUUUGCGAUGCUCGAGGCAAUCCGUCUGAUCGAGACUGAUCAAGGCGAGGCUCGCAUGGAUGCCAAUAGUAAAGCACUUGUCAUUGGGCUUGGCGUGGGCACUACACCCUCUGCAUUGAUCACACACGGCAUCGAAACCACAAUCGUGGAAAUUGAUCCUGUUGUUCACAAAUUCGCCAAAGAAUAUUUCUAUCUGCCAUCCAACCACAUUGCCGCCAUUGAAGAUGCUACUGUGUUUGUGCAGCGCGCCCAGGAGUCUGCGAAUCCUGCUCAGUACGACUACAUUGUUCAUGACGUCUUCACCGGCGGAGCAGAACCGGUUGAGCUCUUCACCAUCGAAUUUAUCAAAGGCCUCUAUGACCUCCUGAAAAAUGACGGCGUCAUUGCCAUUAACUAUGCCGGAGAUAUCUCCCUGUACCCAACUGCACUCGCCGUCCGCACUAUCAUGGCGGUCUUCCCCUCCUGCCGGAUCUUCCGCGAGGACUCUGCUGAGGAGGCCCAGUUCGAUUUCACCAACAUGGUCAUUUUCUGCAAGAAGAGCAAUGACACUCCUCUCCGUUUCAGGGAUGCCGUGAAGGCCGACUUUUUGGGCAGCAGAUCUCGUGAGAACUACCUCGUUCCUAAACACGAAGUUGAUCCAGCGAUGUUCCAAUCGAUCCAGAAGGGUGGAAGGCGUGUCCUUGUCGCGAAGGAGACUGGCCGCCUGCACAAGUUCCAGGAUCGUAGUGCAAAUGGACAUUGGGAGAUUAUGAGGACUGUUGUGCCCAAGGCAAUUUGGGAGAAUUGGUGA